AUGAGCGAGCUCGAUAAAUUCGGGCUAGCAGGUCUUUUGCGCAUGAUCCACAGCGAUAGCCCAGAUGUCGCCGCUCUUGCAGUAGGUCAGGACCUGAUGACAUUAGGCUUGGACCUGAACCAACCGGAACCUUUACACACAUCUUUCGCUUCCCCCUUUGUUGCAUCCAUGACUGGUGUGCCCUUGGAACAGGAUUUUGCGCUUCCUUCUUGUUACAACGUUGCCAACAUCCAACCACUCCAGUCACGUAUUGCCAGCUUUAGUGAUGAGACAUUAUUCUACAUCUUUUACAGCAUGCCGCGGGACAUCAUGCAGGAAGUCGUGGCAGAAGAGUUAAUGGGUCGCAAGUGGAGAUACCAUAAGAUUGAGAGGUGUUGGCUUACCCGUGAUGAAACGUAUCCUGGACCCGUCGAUGUUGAGCGCGGCGUCAGUGAACGAGGCAUAUACUUAAUCUGGGAUCCUGCCACCUGGAAAAAGAUCAGACGCGAGUUUAUUCUCCGGUAUGAAGAUCUUGACAACAGAAUGGAUCCCAACAGGGGUCUCGCACGCGUUGGAUUCCCGCACCAUGGUUCAUGA